AUGCAUAAUCUUCUUUCUUUGUUUGGUAAAUAUCAAGUGGCCUCGGGGAAAACUGUUUGUCAUCAAAAGAGUAAGGUUUACUAUGGUGGUGGUUCCUUGAGUCGCUGUAGAACUAUCACAAAAUUACUUGGUAUGGAAGUAACUACUUUUCCGGAUAGAUAUUUGGGUGUUCAAAUUAUGCCUGGUGCUGUUAGGUAUCGUCAUAUAAGCAAUGUGAUUGAUAAAAUCAAGAAGCAACUUUAUGUUUGGAAGGGUAAACUUCUUUCUUUUCAAGACAGAGUUGUUUUAAUUAAUUCGGUGAUUGCAAGUUAUGCCAUUCACAACAUGGCUGUUUACAAGUGGCCUAAGAAGUUCAUUCAACAAGCUGAAAGAGUCAUUCGCAAUUUUCGUUGGUCUGGUGAUGCGGAGUUUGCAAGGAAGUUUGUUGUUGGCUAUCCCAAAGUUUUCUGCCCUUUGAAAGAAGGUGGUUUGGGAAUUAUUAGCAUGGAUGUUACAAACAACGCUCUUUUGAUGAAGUUUUGGUGGAGUAUACGCUCUUCUAACAAGCAGUGGGCUAGAUUCUUGUGGAAAAAAUAUACCACGCGGCUUGGUAAAAUAAAGCAAUAUGGUGUGAAAUCGUCGAUUCUGCCAGGCAUCAGAUUGAUUCAUACCGUUGUUGACAGAAAUACUGAAGUUCUUCUUGGGGAUGACAGGUCUACUUCUCUUUAUUUUGAUGUUUGGUAUGGUAAUGAGAGUAUUUCUGACAUGCUUGGUGAAAUUUGUGAUAUUGUCGUGCAUAAUAACUGGUAG